AUGUAUAUUCGUGUAGUAAUGCUAUUGGCAUUCACUGCAUUUUGUGCAGAGGCACAACAAUGUGCGAUGUAUGGUAGUUGUGGUAAGAAGAGUAUGUUUGGUGGUGAAUUGCCAUGUCCUGUUACAGAUUCACAAUUCACUGCCCCUGUUAUUUCAGAUGACAUACGGCAGAUACUGGUCAAUCUCUGUGGUGAUGAAUGGAAGAGCAUCGACAACGUUUGUUGCACGAAAGAUCAAGUUAUUAGCCUUCGUGACAAUUUGGAAAAGGCAUCACCACUAAUACAAUCCUGUCCAGCAUGUGUCCAAAAUUUUAACAACCUGUUUUGCAAAUUUACCUGCUCGCCUGAACAAGGUUCCUUUGUUAACGUCACAGAUACAGCAAUAUCACAGAGCAAUAAAGUAGUAGUGAAUGAACUAAGUGUAUUUAUGGACGAUUUAUGGGCUUCAUCAUUUUAUGACUCUUGUAAGAAUGUUAAAUUUUCUGCUACAAAUGGUUAUGCAAUGGAUCUAUUGGGAGGUGGUGCCAAGAACUAUUCUCAAUUUUUGAAAUUUCUUGGUGAUGCAAAACCCUUACUUGGUGGUUCUCCAUUCCAAAUUAAUUAUAAAUAUGAAACCACUGAUGACUUUAUGAAUUUUAAUGAUACCGUAUAUUCUUGUAACGAUCCAGAAUAUAAAUGUGCAUGUCCAGAUUGUGAAGAAACAUGUCCAAUUUUAGAGCCUUUAAAAUCUAAUGUCUGCCAAAUAGGAGGAGUUUCUUGUUAUAAUAUUGGAAUUGGAACCUUUUUAGUAAUAUUAUUUAUUGUUUCGUUAUUGUUGAGUGGUGCAUAUACGAUUGGUAACGAUGGGAUUAAAAUUUCACACCCAGGAGAUGAUCCUAUCGAUAAUGAAGCUGAUUUUGAUAGCAGAGUAACAGAAGUUGGAAAUAACCAGAAUUCUGAAUCUACUCCUAUUAACACUAACAGUUUAAAUGAUAAAAUUGCCGCUUGUGGAGAAAAUAUUUCAAAAAUUGCAAUUUUAAAUCCACGAACUGUAAUAUCGACUGCAAUUUUGGCCGUAAUUUCGUGUUUUAUAUUACUAAUUUUGUUUGGUAAAUUGGAGACAAACCCAAUCAAACUUUGGGUAAGUGAAAGUUCACCUCAAUAUCAAGAAAAAGUAUAUUUCGAUGAAAAUUUUGGGCCAUUCUAUAGAACAGAGCAAAUUUUUGUUGUCAACGAAACAGGCCCCGUACUUUCUUAUGAUACUUUGAAAUGGUGGUUUCAAAUUGAAAACAAUAUCACCCAGACAUUCCCUUCUUCUGACAAUGUUACAACUUAUCAAGAUUUAUGUUUUAGAGCAACAGAUGACUCACCAUGUGUCAUUGAAUCAUUCACGCAAUAUUUUCAGGGACGACUUCCGGAGGAAGCCUCUUGGAAGAGGGCAUUAAAAACAUGCACUGAUUCUCCAGUGAACUGUUUACCUACAUUCCAACAACCUUUAAGAACCAAUUUACUAUUUAGUGAACCUGAGGAUGUGUUUAAUUCAAACGCUUUUGUAGUUACAUUACUUGUUGAUGACCACAGUCCAAGGGCCUUCCAAUGGGAAUAUACAUUAGAAAAAUACUUAGUUUAUUUACGUGAACAUGCUCCUGAUGGAUUAAGAAUUAGUUUUAGUACUGAGAUUUCCUUAGAAAAAGAGUUGAAUGGGAACAAUGACGUUAUUAUUGUUAUUAUAUCCUACCUUGUCAUGUUCAGUUAUACUUGCUUUGGUUUAAGAAGAAAAAAUGCACCAAGUGGGAACCACCAUAGAAUUAUGCUAGGUAUUACAGGUAUAUGUAUUGUUGUUUCUUCUAUCAUUUGUGCAGCAGGUAUAUUAUCCGUCUUUGGGGUGAAAUCAACAUUAAUUAUCGCAGAGGUUAUCCCAUUUUUAAUACUUGCAAUUGGUGUUGAUAAUAUUUUUCUAAUUACAGAGGAGUAUGAUAGAAUAACAUUGUCACAAUCUCUCUUAGAGACCAAUGAGAGAAUCUUAAUGGCUGUCAAUAAUAUUUCGCCCUCAAUUUUCAUGUCAUUUGUUUGCCAAGCUGGCUGCUUCCUCUUGGCUGCAUUUGUACCUAUGCCUGCAGUUAGAAAUUUUGCUUUAUAUUCUGCAUUAGCAGAUUUAAAUUUAAUUAUCUUUUUGAUUGUUUAUAUUGCAGUAUUAUCGAUGUACGAAGGUAAGUACACUGUGUUGCAACCUAUUGCAUCAAGUGCUAAUGAUAGAGAAGAUGAUCAACCUGUAACAGUUCAACCAACAGCUUCUGUUUUUGUAACUCGCUACUUAGAGUUUAUUGAUGCUUACCGUAGACCAUUAUUGUUUGGAUUUUUCACUCUAUUCAUAUUAUCUACAAUUUGUUUACCAAUGUUACAACUAGGUCUGGAUCAAAAAUUAGCAGUACCUCAAGAAUCAUAUCUGAUUGAUUAUUUCAAUGAUAUAUACACCUAUUUCCAAGCUGGUCCUCCAGUCUAUUUUGUUGUAAGAGGUCUUGACCUAACAAAACGUUCAGAACAAGUAAAGGUUUGUGGUCGAUUUACUAAAUGUAAUGAGUUAUCAUUAGCCAACUUAUUAGAACAAGAACGUAAGAGAUCAACUAUUGUUGAACCUGUUGCUAAUUGGUUUGAUGAUUAUAUGAUGUUUUUAUCGCCUAAAUUAGAAAGUUGUUGUCGUGUUAAAAAAAAUGCACAUGAUGAAAUGUGUCCACCAUCAUGGCCAUCUCGUCGUUGUGAUGUAUGUCUUGCAGGACAAGAAUAUAAAUAUGAUAUGACAGGUUUCCCUGAGGGGGAUUCAUUUAUUGAAUAUAUGAAGAUGUGGUUAUCUACACCUAGUGAUCAAUGUGCACUUGCAGGAGAAGCCCCGUAUUCUAGAUCAGUUGUUUACAAUGAUACUACAGUAGUGUCAUCUGUGUUUAGAUCUGCCCAUAAACCAUUAAGAUCACAACAUGACUUUAUUGAGGCAUAUAAUGAUGCUGUUAGAAUUGUUAAAGAAUUACAACAAGGAGAAUCUGCACUUGAUGUAUUUGCAUAUUCGCCAUUUUAUAUUUUUUUCGUUCAAUAUGCUACUAUUGUUCCAAUGACAAUAAAACUAUUGAGUGGUGCAAUAUUAUUAAUUUUAAUAAUGUCAUCAAUUUUAUUAGAGUCAAUUAAAUUAGGUAUUACAUUGACCUCCAUAGUAAUAAUGAUUAUGUCAAGUAUUUUAUUUGGGAUGGUCAUUAUAGGUAUUGAUUUAAAUGCAGUUACAUUAGUAAAUUUAGUAAUAUGUGUUGGUUUAGCUGUUGAAUUUUGUAUUCAUAUUGUACGUGCAUAUCACAUUCAACAGGCAACGACGACGACGACGACGACGACGAGGGGUGAUAAAUGGACAGUGAUGAAUAAAGUAAUGUUAACAGUUGGUGGAUCUGUAUUUAAUGGGAUUGCCAUGACAAAAUUUUUAGGAGUUUGUGUAUUGGCAUUUGCUCAAUCAAAAAUUUUUAGAAUUUUCUAUUUUGGUAUGUGGAUAAUUUUAAUUUUAGUUUCAUCAUUGCAUUCAUUUAUUUUACUACCAUUAAUACUAUCAUUUUCAUGGAAUGAUUUAGGAUAUCCAUGGAAUCUUAAUACGAAGAAACCGAUUGAAGAAACUGAACAAUAA